UAAAAUUCAGUAUCUCUCCAAUCGAUUCCUGGUACUAUCGACUCGAACAAACAAUAAUAUAGUUAAGAUGUUUUUCCCAUUUGUCCUUUUGUUGUUGACCUGUUUAGCCAAUAGCAGUUAUUCAGAGAUAUCUGAAUCAACUCCAGCUAUGGAGAAGCAUGAAAGUCAACAGUCACAGAACACCGAUUAUGAUAACAGGCAAAGGCGCCUGAGAAGGGAUCUCAAUGAGUUGAGGGACGGCAGUGAUAUUUUCGACGACAACUCUGGAAUUCGUCCAUUGGAGCUCGAAGUAGAGGGAAUUCCACAGCCCUUGAUGAUGUUCUUGCAGAAGAUGUGCCAACUUCAAGCUAAACCUCUUCGCAAAAAAACUCCGCGACUUGGCAGAACCAUUGACUUCGACAACGAUGACGAUCGGAUGAGGCUACCUUUCGGGGCUGGAAGAAUCAACAAGAAGAACGUGCCCUUCAAACCAAGACUAGGCAAACGAACCUGUCUGUGUGAUAACAAUUAA